AUGAACUGGCUGAAAUUUUACAAAAGGGUUGAUAAAAUUAUUGGGGCAGUGUUUGCCCGAUAUGGUGGCUUCAUCUCCCGUCACGCCUGGAAGGUCAUCAUUAUCGUCGUCGUCAUCAACUGUGCGCUGGCCGUCGGCAUGCUCAGACUGAAGUCGAACAUCAGCGCUCAGGAUGUUUAUUUGCCUGAAGGUACCCGUUCGUGGGAUGACCAGGCCACAAUGGAGGCUACAUUCCCUGAUUUAAGCAACAGAAACUACCAGAGUAUCCAGUCACUGUCCGAGGGCUACUACGCUCGGGUCAUCGUACGCGCCAAAUCUAAUGACCUGUUGACCUUGAACGCGCUGGAUAAGGUCCAGAACCUGGACGAUAUAGUGCAAGGCAUAGUUGUAUACCACAACGGACAGACUCUAAUGUUCCAAGACUUGUGUGCUAAAGCCCACGGCGCAUGCUCACUGGAAGGAUCUAUCUUCUGGGACGCCGACUUCCGCAAUGCCGUGGCGAGUGGAAACGUGACGUAUCCUAUGUUUACAUCAUCGGCAGUAGGAACCGUGAACUAUGCAUCGCUUACUGGGGGAAAUGUCAAAGUUGCGAACGGAGUCCUUAAAAGCUUGGAAUACAUUCACCUCAUGUACUCCCUGAAGGCCACGGCGGGGAAGGAACUGGCUGACUUAUGGGUGAAGGCAUUCAAAACGCGGAUGGAGGGCUACAGCUCGCUUGAACUGGAUGUUGCCUAUGCCAAUCAUCUGUCACUGGACGAAGAACUGGACAAGAACAUAAAUGGGGACAUCGCGUUGUUCGCAAUCACGUUCACGGUUAUGCUCACAUACGCCUCUGUCGCUACGAUGAAUAUUAGGGACGCGGUCAACCAGAGGGCUCUGUUAGGCUGGGCAGGCAUUCUUGCCGCAGAACUUGGAAUUAUCGUCUCUUUAGGUCUCUGUAUGGCUGCAGGUCUCGAGUUUGUCAGUAUAGUUGGCGUUAUGCCGUUCCUGAUUAUAGGCGUAGGCAUCGACGACAUGUUUAUAUUGCUGUCGGGUCUUUCGGGCGCUCAAGGCGAGGCUACUGUUGAGGGCCGCAUGAAAGAGACAUUGCGGGCAGCCGGGGUCGGGGUCACCAUCACCUCGUUAACGGACCUGAUAGCGUUCAUGUCCGGGGCGGCAUCCAACUUCCUCGCCGUGAGGAACUUCUGUAUCUUUACGGGUGUUGCUGUGGUAUUCUGCUACAUCAACAACAUCACGUUCUUCACUGCUUGUCUCGCCAUCCACGAACGACGAGUAGAAUCAAACCGGCACUUCUUCUUGAUGUGCAAGACGGUCCCGAGCACAGAGGAUGCCAAACAAUGUGGCCAAUCAAGAGCCCGCGUUCUGUGUUGCGCGGGAUCACGUCCAAGGAACCGAAAAGAAGCGGAAAGUCUUUUGGACAAGCUACCAAGUUGGCUUAUGCCGAAGAUCGUUCUUAAGACACCGUUGAAAAUAGGCAUCAUUUUCUUAUUCGCUGGUUAUAUGGCCGCUUCGAUAUAUGGGUGUGUGAAUCUCAAGCAAGGACUCAUGUUUUCACAACUUGUUUCGGAAGAAUCAUACUUUUAUAAAUAUUCACAGCUUCUCGAAGAUAAGUUCUCACGUCGGAGAGUCGUCUCUAUAGUUACAACACAUCCGUACUCAUUCAGCGAUGCUUCAACAGAAAGAGAUCUAAACGCGGUUUUGGCAAGGGCUAAAUCAAAUUCUUACUUUGACCCGAACUUUGAGAUUAAUUGGCUCAAUACGUACAAAUUAGGCGCCUCUUACCAAAACUCUAGCGAAGUUAACUUUAUCUCUGGUUUAAAACAUUUUUUUCAGGCUAUGCAGUACAGCCGAUUUGAGAAUGAUGUAGUUAUUGAUUCCGAAGGAACCACAAUCAAAGCUUCCCGGGUGUAUCUUAUGUCUCGUGACUUAAAGGACAGCCAAGAAGAAGGGAAGUUUAUGCUUGAAGCUCGUGAAAUUGCGGAUGCGUCAGAAUUUAAGUGUUUUGCCUACUCCCCGUUUUUUAUCUCUUUUGAACAGUUUGUCCAAAUUCUACCACAAACGCUGCAGUCGACUGGUAUCGCUUUGGCCGCCGUGUUUUUUGUCACGUGUAUUUUUAUGCCUCAUCCCGUGCUGAUAAUAUUCGUUACGAUCACCGUUACAAUGAUAAUGGCGGGCGUGUUCGGCUUUCUUCUUUACUUGGACGUCGCGCUGAGCUCAAUCACGAUGAUUGAGUUAAUUAUGAGCAUUGGCUUCUCCAUUGACUUCACCGCCCAUAUAUGUCACGGUUUCAUGACUUCAAGAUGCAAAACUAGAGAUGAAAAAGUCAGAGACGCCAUUGACAAGACUGGUUCACCGAUAUUCCACGGCGCAGUUUCGUCUUUGUUGGGAAUAAUAGUACUAGCUGCAGCAAAGUCUUACAUAUUUCGAACAUUUGCAGCGGUGAUGGGAUUCGUUCUAUUUUUCGGCAUCACCCAUGCAUUGUUGCUGCUUCCGGUUGUGUUGUCCUGGAUUGGUCCAAUGAGAUCUGAAGAUAAGACACGUCCGCAGCUUAACGCGACCAGCGGAAGAAACUCCCCCAUGGAAGGGCUGAAAGCCUAUGAAGGUCUUUAAAAAUCAAGUCCUGAAAAGAUCAAGCGCAUGUCAAGUUCGCAGAAAUCGAGAGUUGGUAUUUCAUCUGAUGACAUUGCAGAUUUUUAGAAAAAUUAACAAAAUUUCGAAUUAAAACAAAAGUCUGGUCCAACGAAGCGCAAGAAAGCAGAUCAGGUUCACCUUAAAUCGUUAAAUCAAACCCGACGAAGUUGUCACCUGAGUACAGCGUUCACCUAGCAAGAUUGGCCCGACACAUAUAUUUUUAUAACAUCUGUAUAUAACGUUCGCCAGUAGUAUACGGUCUUCUGCCUGUAUUUUUCAGACCGAAAGCUUUUUUAUCAUGCGGUUAGCGGUAACGAGUAAGUGAUUUCAAGGUGCCAGAAGUAUACACUAAAAUCUAAAUGUAUUGUCGCCUCUCAUAACAAACGCCGUAGCGGCUAUAUUGCGUCUAUUUGGAGGCUAAAUAAUAUGCUAUCACAAACUGCCUUUGAUAUAACAAAUGCCGCCCACUGCGAAAAACAAAUAAUAGGGUUUUCAAAAAGUUUGCUUUACUGGGACAGGUACGGAAAAAUUUCAAAAUAA